GGGCUCUUUGCAAACUGAUGUCUUACCCUUCUUACUGCAUCAAACUAGAUCCUGUUCAGACAAGUCAAAACAAGCAAAUGAAGAUAAAACAAUGUCUGCCAACUUAAAAUACCUAUCCUUGGGAAUCUUGGUCUUUCAGACUACCAGUUUGGUUCUAACAAUGCGUUAUUCUAGGACUUUAAAAGAGGAGGGACCUCGGUAUCUAUCUUCUACUGCAGUGGUUGUGGCUGAACUUUUGAAGAUAAUGGCCUGCGUUUUACUAGUCUACAAAGACAGCAAAUGUAGUCUAAGAGCAUUGAAUCGAGUGCUACGGGAUGAAAUUCUUAAUAAACCUAUGGAAACACUUAAACUUGCUAUUCCAUCAGGAAUAUAUACUCUUCAGAAUAAUUUACUCUAUGUGGCCCUGUCAAAUCUCGAUGCAGCUACUUAUCAGGUUACAUAUCAGUUGAAAAUUCUUACAACGGCAUUAUUUUCUGUGUCUAUGCUUAGUAAAAAGUUAGGUGUGUACCAGUGGCUCUCCCUAGUAAUUUUGAUGACAGGAGUGGCUUUUGUGCAGUGGCCCUCAGAUUCUCAAGAAGAGGAUUCUAAGGACCUUUCAGCUAGCUCUCCAUUUGUAGGCCUCAUGGCAGUUCUCGUAGCAUGCUUCUCAAGUGGCUUUGCUGGGGUUUACUUUGAGAAAAUCCUAAAAGAAACAAAACAAUCAGUGUGGAUAAGAAAUAUUCAGCUUGGUUUCUUUGGGAGUGUAUUUGGAUUAAUGGGUGUAUACAUUUAUGAUGGUGAAUUGGUAUCAAAGAACGGAUUUUUUCAGGGAUAUAACCGACUGACCUGGAUAGUGGUUGUUCUGCAGGCACUUGGAGGCCUUGUAAUAGCAGCUGUUAUUAAGUAUGCGGAUAAUAUUUUAAAAGGAUUUGCAACCUCUUUGUCCAUAAUAUUAUCAACACUGAUAUCCUAUUUUUGGCUACAAGAUUUUGUGCCAACCAGUGUCUUUUUCCUUGGAGCCAUCCUUGUAAUAGCAGCUACUUUCCUGUAUGGCUACAAUCCCAAGCCCGCAGGCAAUCUUACUAAAGCCUAGCUGUAUGCUACCUUUGACUAGUUUUUCAAGAUGGUGCACUUGGAAUUUCUACUUUAGUCUUGCACGGAGGACUUCCACAGAUUCUGUGAAGAUAUCAUCAUGGUGAAUCUGAUAUUACUCAGUGGUUUGACAAUAUUAAAAUUUAAAUUUAAAUAUGUGUAAAUAUAACAGAAUGCCUAUUGUAUCUAGAAAUCAACACUUGAAAAUAUUUCCAGAGGGUUGAGUAAUUAUUGGAAAAAACUUGAAAUCUGAUCCUAAAAACAUUUUUACCUUUUGAUUGCUGCAGAAAAGCCCUAUGCACUCUUUGCAAUAGCACACAACAUAUCAGAUAACAAUUUUCAAAAUAAGAUAUAUUUAAUUUUAUUAAGUGUUUUUACCUUAUCCUUUCUGUUCAGAUAUAGCAAAUUACAUGGAAUAUUAAAAGUUUGAAAAUUAUAACUAUUACCUACAAAGCUGUGAAAAAAUAGAAGUAUGAUUUAAAAAUGUUUUUCUUGUUUCUGAGAUUUUUAUAUUUAUAUAAAGGAUUAUUACUUAACAAAAGGAUCGCUAAAUGUUAUUUGUUAAACCACAUAAAAGUUGAUGAAGUAGCAUUAUGUGUUGGCUUUGUCAGCGGAUAAAGUUCAUUUAGGCAGUUGAACACAUCUAUUUCUCCAUGAACAUUUUAAGACCACCUUAGCUGGCACAGUGGUUAAAGCACUCAACCACUAACCUAAAGGUUGGUAGUUCAGAUCCAUUAGCCACUUUUUAAGUAAGAGUGGCAAUCUGCUUCCAUAAUGAUUCACAACCUUGGAAAUCCUUUGGGGCAGUUCUGUUUUGCCCUAUAAAGUCACUGUGAGUCCCAUAGUCAACUUGAUGGUAGUGGGUUGGGUUGAGUUUUUGAUGCUUCAAAACUGCUGGAAGCAAUCCAAUGGAAGUAGGCAUUGGCUAUUACACUGAUAGAAUUUACCUUUAAUCUUCUAAUUGCAUUUCUUUUCUAUAAAUCAGAUAAAUUUUAUAUCUCUAAAAUUUUGGGUGUUAAUUUCCAUUAAAGUUUAAAGAUGUAAGUUGAAAGGGUUAAAUAUUCAUUUAAAAUAAGUCUUGUCUGUAAUACCUCCAUUUGGAGAAUUUUGAACUAUUAAUCAUAUAGUAUAUAUAACUAGUAGAAAGUUUUUAAAUGAGUAUUUUUUACUGAUUGAUUUGUAACAUGUUUUUAAAUUAACACCAUCUUCUCACACACACCCCCACACUCAACGCCCCCCAAAAAUGUGUAGUUGUCAAUGAGUUAAGACCAAAUGAUGUUUCUUGGAGAUAUUCCAGGGUGCAUUCUUUGAAAUGACUCUUUACCUUUAAAUUCAAAGCUUCUCAAGAACUUUUGAGGAGUCUUGGUGGCGCUGUCAAGUGAGCAUUGAACUACUAACUAUACAGUUGGUUGGCAGUAUUAACACAACCAGCCACUCUGUGGGAGAGAGACAGACUAUCUACUUCCAUAAAGGUUUACAGCCUAGAAAACCCUAUAUAGGGUCCUUAUGAAUCAAAUUCGACUAGCAGGCAGGGUGGUUUGUUUUGGUGUUUUUGUUUGUUUUAAAUAAACCCACUGCUAAAGAAUGCUCUGAGUAAUACCUGGGAGAGGUGAGAAUUCUGAGUUCCCUAGUGUGGCCCUACUAGAGCUGCUGUGAAGGAGCUCUCAAAAUAUCAAACUUAAAUGCCAUCAAGUCAGCCCUGGAAGGCAGAAGAACACCCUGUCCUUCCUCAGAGUGGGUCAGUGGUUUUGACUGCUGAUUUUGCCAUUAGCAGCUCAACGCUACCUUAAAUCAGUAGUUUUUGAAGCACUUUGAUUAACACUUGCAGUUGAGGUUGUGAAUUAUAAGAGUUACUGAAUAAGUUGGUUCAAGGGCAGAGAAAAUUUAUCAGAAAUGGUAAGAUGAACUGUUAGACAACAAUGCUUUCUAAAAUUGGGAUGUGGGUUUAAUUCAAUUAUUGACUAUAGGUAUAAUUACCUAUUGAAUAUAAAAAAAAAUUUUAUUUUUUCACUCAUUGUAUAUAUUUUAUAAAGUCUCUUGUUCUCAUAGAUAUUAAAACUGUAAAAAAUAAACUAUUUUUAUAUAGUUCUAAGGUAUUUUGUUAAACAAUUUAAUUCAAAAAUCUUAUAUUACAAACUGUUGGGUACUUUUGGCUAACUAGGAUUGGCUUUGUUACUUUGUCAAUGAGAAUUUAGUAUACUUAAUCUAUCCAUCCAGAGUUUUUAAUGUUUCAAGUUAUAAAAUAUUUUAAAUCAAUUGGCUGAUGAUUCUAAACUCAUGAUUUUCAGUGUCCAUCUUCUACAGCACUAAAGUUUACCACAUUUUAAGCAUGGUGUUUUUGGACUGCAACAACAUGCAGACAUAUCUUAUUAUACAAAGAUAAAUGAAAUCUUCCUCCUACAAAUGCACAGGAUUAACACUAUAGAUUUAUGUUCCGCCACACUGACAGACUGUUUGGGUGCUUAUGUGUGAAUUCACUGUGCAUUCAUUAUUCAUUCAGGUUUAAUCUUCCUGUACUUUAAUACUUCAAAAAUUAUUGUAGGUAAAUUAUUAGAUAUUAGACAUGUUAGUUGUAAUGGUAAACGAUAUAUUUUCAAAUAUCUAAGAUACAAAUUUCAAGAUUCCCACCAAAGUUUAUAAAAUAUAAUUAAAAACUUAAAGCAUAAUUUUUAUUUUGCAUUUCUAGGUUUGAAAAUGUUUACUAUUAAGAGAUUGGUCUUAAUAGUUCAUAAUUUUUAGUUCAUGUAGUUCAUAAUUUUUAGUUCUUAAUAAUCAUGGGCAUCAUAUCAUAGAUACAAUUGAAACCAUUUUCUUGUUUGUGUGAUUGAUGUAUGUUUUAAUGACCUAUUCAACCUCCAAAGGCCUUAUUUUGUCAAUUUGAUAAUGAUAAUCCUUGUUCAUGGUGACUCCUUAACUAUUUAAAUUCCUAUUCUUUUUGGAGGUUUAUUUUUCUUAUCUCUUAACUGUUCAUAAUGAAGCUGUUGUAUUUCAGAAGAGUGCCAAUGAUAGUAAAAAUUUUAAAUAGUGUGUUUGGAAUGAAAAGUUUCAAAUGUAAGUACAAAGUAUUUAGAUGAGUAGUAGUAUUCUUUAAUAACAAGUACAUUUAGAGAAGUCAGACUUUUAUGGUAUAAACUGUAACUUAUAAAUGUAAAACUUAAAUUUAUUUUGAAAGUUACAGAAUUUCAUAGAAAGAAUGGUAUUUAAACUAGAUUGGUAUUUAAACUAAAGUUUGGUAUUUAAACUAGAUUCUGAGGAGAUAGAAUCUGACAGGAAAUUUUAAUUGAUUUUGUACUCAGGAUACUUAAGAGAAUUCUGUUGUUAAAAACGGAUACAGUUUUAUAAAUAUCAAGUAACUCUACUUUUAAAAUGCCUUUGUUCAAUCACUUAACUGAGUUUUGUUUUGUAAAGAGAGACUAGCAGCAUUCAUUUACACUUUAAUUGUGAUACUAUUUAAUUACAUAUGAUAUAUACUUUAAAGGUUUAUAAGCUUACUUGCUGUACUGAAAAAUUAUCCUUAAAAUCUCCAGAAUAUGUAUCAUAAUUACAUAAUAUGUAUCAUAAUAGGACCAAAGUAGAAUCAUCUGUCAAAAUCUAAUUUUGUGUGUCUUGCUUUGCUAAAUGCUGUUAAUAUAAUUCACAUAUUUGGGUCAUGGCCAAAUUAAGUGUUUUAAGAACGUAAUUUUUAUAACAGAAUAACCAUUUGGUUAUUUUAACAUUUGUUCUUUAAAUCCAUUAUCCAACAGACCCUUAAAGUAGAUGCAAAUGGCUUCAAAAAGCAUGUGAAAAAGUUCCAUUAUCGUUCAAUUCCUUUUUUCCUUGAAUUUUUUGAGAUCCCCUCAUGUACAAGUGUUCAAAGCUAUUAACAUGGCAUCAUUGUUCCAUUGAGCUUUUAGAAAAUUUAAGUGUAUACAGUUGUCAUUAUAUUGUUUUUGUUACAAAAAUAGAAUCCACGGUGAUUUUAAAAUGUUAGCCUGUUUUGAAAAUCCUGAACUUGUAAAUUUGAUUUGUGUAAAAAGAUUCUUUUGAGUGAUUUAUAAUUUUGUACGGAUAUAAUUGAAAAGAAUGUAUAAACUGAUCUUUUAUUAAAUGACAUUAAUUGA